UCUCUCGUGAGCCCCCUGUAGCAAGGGUUUUUGGCUCAACUGUCUGUGGAGUUGGAAAACACAGGCCUGCUCUGGAGCUUGCCCCAACCCCCUCCUGCUGCACUCAAUACCUGCAUCUAUCUAACAAAGAAAAUUGUGUUUGCCAGGCUGGCUCGCUGAAGUCACAAGAUUCCCAGUGUCACACAGUGCUCCAGAAUGCCUGUGAAACCUCCCGAGGAGGGGCAGAUUGUGCUCCCCACCUUUCAGAUAACUGCCUUUAGUACCAGCCUGAAAAACCAUGUAAUGGUCAUGGACUUGGUGAAGAGGGACUGGCUUCCUUCCCAGAGAAGAGCCAAAGUUUGUUUCAUCCAAAUGUGCCCUGGGCUGAAGGUGGCUGAGCAGCAAGUCAGCAGAUAUGAGAUGAACAGUCAACUUUUCUCAUCCCCCAAUGAUGACUCUGCCUGGGAAACUCUUUCAAAAGCAGGAUUACUGGACACGCGCUAUAGUACAAACGAUCAAAUCGCCCUUAAAAAUCUCCAGUCUGAUGUUACAGAGAGGAAGUUGGACUUCACCAAGGAGACAUUGGCAUCACAAAACACAAAAAUGAUAUCACCUAUCAUCAUUUCCCAGCUGAUUGAUGAGAAGAAACGGAUGGAAAAUGGAGCCGUGUUGCCUCUGCCACAAGCAACUGUUCAGCCUCAGCUGUGUCCCACGAAGCCAGCUUCGGCCAGGCGCAGUGGCGUGAACAUGCACAGGCCUUUUGCUCCAGACAGAUUGGGAAUUCUGACUCCAUCAGAUGAGCAAGGACUGGAGAUAGAACCACUGUCCACAGGAGACAACCUAGGCAGAGGCCCCCACAGAGGGUUCUCAUCAAUCACCAUUACUGCCAGACGUGUGGGCCCUCCAGCCAACUCCUUGGUAUGGGACACUGUUAGGGACCCACUGUGUCCCAAUUGCAGGGCCAAGGAUGCUCUACUCCAAGACACCCCAGCUCUGGCCAGUGGUGUCCAUCUAUGUCAGCACAAUGGAUCCUUCACCUGUACAGAGUUCCCUAGCAAUGGCUCCAUAGAAGGGCUAAAGGUUCCCCAGGCUCACACAAGGCUGUGUGCAAGGCAGGAGUACUGGGUCACCCACAUGGAUGACAAAGGGGACAGUUUUUCUUCAGACAGUUCACCAUCAAGAAAAGUCCCACUGGUGUUCAGUUCCUGUGUCCACCUCCGGGUGUCUCAGCAGUGUCCCAGUGCCAUUUACUAUUUGGACAAGCCUCUUUCAGUCCCUCUUGAACAACCUCAAAUCGCUAGCCCCAAAAUGCACAGGUCUGUCCUGUCUCUCAGCCUCCGCUGUAGUUCCCACGGGUUAACAGCAGAUGGAGUAGACAGCACAGCUAAUGGAGAGCCAAUCAGCAGAGCCCUGCCACAGGAGCUCUUGGAGGGAAAGCAGGAUCUUCUAGGUCCACAAUGGGGCCAGCCCCAGGAGGGUCACUGGAAGGAGAGCCCAGCAUUGGUGCCGGCACAUUUUGGGAGUGGCACAUGCCCUCAGACUGGGUCCCCUCCCCUGGAAAAUGUCAAAUUUGCAGAUGUGGGAAAGAACCAGAUCCCAAGAAGAAAGGAGAAAGAGGACCAUGCAGCAUGUCCCACCAGCAACCAUGCCAACCAACUCUCCAUCCAUAUUCCUGGCUGGAGUUACAGGGCAGAAACAAAAGUAUUUUCUGGAAACAGCAAGGAGCAGCAAAGAGAAGCACAAGUGACCCUUCCUGCUUCCCUGGUGGGACAGAAGCUCAUUAAACACUUCCCUCCUGACGGGGACAGUCCACCCAGCAAUGAUGGUCAGUCUAGCAUCUUUUCUGAGCCCCAAGAGAGACGGCACCCAUACUUCCUGACACCCAGAGUCCCUUUGUCUGGGUUUCUUUGCCCUUUACAAGCUGCAUGUGCCUCUCUGCAGGAGGAUGGUACAGUUCAGAUAGAAAAAGAGCUCCCCAAAGAUUACACAUGCUGCGACUUGGUUGUAAAACUAAAGGAAUACAAGAAGCAUGAGGACCACGUUGCCACCCCCGAGCCCUCACCAGCAACACCUUCUCCAACAGCGGCAGAGGGACCACAGAGCUCUGACCCAUUGGAAGAUAGUUCUGAGCCUCGGCAUCCGCUGGCAAGCUCCAUGACCUUGCAGGAAGCACUGGAAGUCCAUAGACCUCAGUUCAUCUCACGCUCACAAGAACGGCUACAAAAGCUUAAGCACAUGGUACAGCAAAGGAAAGCCCAGCAAAAGGAAAACCCGGGGCAGAAGCAGAGCCCCCUUCCUAUUCGUGCCCACAAGAAGCAGUUCACCGUUCCCCAUCCUCUUAGUGAUAACUUGUUCAAACCCAAAGAAAGAUGCAUUUCAGAGAAGGAGAUGCAUAUGAGAUCUAAAAGAAUCUAUAAUAACUUGCCAGAAGUUAAAAAGAAAAAAGAAGAGCAAAAGAAAAGAGUGAUCUUACAGAGUAACAGACUCCGAGCAGAAGUCUUCAAAAAGUUGAAGAUUUGCUCUGAGGUCCUCAUCUGGAGUGUGCACAGAGGAAAGGAGAGGAAGAGGAAAGUCUCCAAUUUUGUUCUCUUCUCUGGAAAGGUUCCUGGACACGUCUUGAAUGGCACCUGCCUGGCCAUGGUGCAGCCAGAAAGGUGACUUCAAGUAGUAGCCUUCCUCCCAGAUCUAAGCACCUCAUGACCUGGGAAGGGACCUGGGAUAGGACCUGGGACCUGGGAGGGGAGCUGAGAAGGAACCUGGGAAGAGGAGACAACUUACUCAGAGCAUCUCGAAAGAAUGAAGCAUUAUUAAAACAAACAGAAACCUUUUAAAAUUCUUAAGAAAGGGGGUAAGAAGGUGACUCAGUAAGCUGCUUAACACGCAAGUGUAGGGAUCUGAGCGCUGCCCCUAGAACCCACGUAAUAAAGUUGAGCCCAGCAGUACACAUCUGCAAUCCCAGUGCUGGGGAGGAAGAGACAGGAAGAUCUCUGAGGCUCACUGACUAGACAGUCUAGAUAAGACAGUGAGCUCCAGGCUUGGUGAGAGACCCUGCCUCAAAAACUAUGGUGGGGAACAAUUGAAGAUGUUCAUUGUCACCCCCUGGCUUCACACAUGUCACACCCAUGUAUACAGAAACAUGUACACAUCACA